AUGGCGCCGAUUCCUUUCCUUGGCCGUUUGGGAAUAGCCGAAUACAUUGCCCUGGUGGGAUCUUUCUUCUUGGUUGGACUAGAAGCUAUAAUACGGAUCUUGACACUUGCUCUGCCCUCCACAAUCAUUCACCUCUUUUAUCGUGCCUCUCGACGACUGUUCAAUCGAUUUACCUCCCCGGCGGCAAAGAAGUCCGAGUCGAAGAAGAGUGAUAUCUCAACAAAACUACGGAAUGCCUCUGACUUUGUCGACCUCUGCGCUGCCUUCGGAUAUACUGCCGAAGAACACAUUGUCCAGACUGGGGAUGGGUAUUUACUAGGUCUACAUCGACUGGCAUAUCGAAAGGGAGAGGAAGACGAGAAGGUCAAUCAUGGGAAGAACAGCGUCCGGAAGAGUGUGGUGUAUAUGCAUCAUGGCUUGCUCAUGAACAGCGAGGUCUGGGUAUGCUUGACGGAUGAGGAGAGGUGUUUACCGUUCCAGUUGGUGGAGAAAGGAUACGAUGUCUGGUUGGGCAACAAUCGAGGAAACAAGUAUUCCAAGAAAUCGGUCAACCAUUCGCCAACAGAUGUCCCGUUCUGGGACUUCUCAAUGGACGAAUUUGCAUUCCAUGAUAUCCCAGACAGCAUCGCGUAUAUUCUCGAAACCACCUCGGCUCCAUCACUUUCUUAUGUUGGAUUCUCUCAAGGGACAGCUCAAGCUUUUGCUACACUGGCAGUCCAUCCUCGGUUGAACGAUCAAGUCAAUGUUUUCGUCGCUCUAGCUCCUGCCAUGGCACCGGCUGGUCUCUCGAAUGGGAUCGUUGAUGCGCUUGUCAAAGCAUCACCGCAAGUCCUAUUCCUUCUAUUCGGUCGUCGCUCUAUUUUAAGCUCAGCAACAAUGUGGCAAUCGAUCCUCUAUCCGCCAAUCUUCGUCCGAGUCAUUGACAUGGGUCUAUCAUUCCUCUUUGGCUGGCACGCUCGCAACAUCUCCACCAGUCAAAAGCUCGCCGCAUAUCCCCAUCUCUACUCAUUCACAAGCACCAAGAGUGUAGUACAUUGGUUCCAAAUCAUCCGAACCAAGAGUUUCCAGAUGUACGACGACGACGUCCAGCCAGUUGUGUCCCUCAGCACCGUCAGUAAAUACACUAAAGUCGCCCGCUUUCCUACUCGCAACAUCAAGACGCCCAUUGUACUCCUCUAUGGUGGCAGCGACUCCUUAGUCGACAUCAAUGUCAUGAAGCGCGAACUUCCCUCCCACACAGUGGCCAUCGAGGUUCCACAUUACGAACAUCUCGAUUUCCUGUGGGCUCGGGAAGUCGAUACCCUAGUGUUCCCGCACGUAUUCGACGCUCUAGAAAGCUUCUGUGACGCAGAACACUCGAAAGAGGAGUACGAGCGGUAUAGAAGUGCGAGACAUGCUUCAAUUGCCGCAACCAGGAGGUUAACUCUUCCGAGUAACUACCUGACUGGGCAUAACCACAGUGGAGAGGACAGUCCUUCCACAUACGCAAGCGUAGCAGGUGCAUUUCCCAGCAGCGAUUCGGACGCCCUAGUAAUUGCUCGAAAUGGCAAUGCGAACGGGGCAGAACCUUCUCUUCCCUCACCAAAUAUGCGCAAACGCGCGCGCAUCCAAAGCUCCUACGAUGAUUCUUCCGAAGGCGGAAAUUCGCCUAUCAAUAACCGACACAUCAAAACCAUCAGUGUAGACGAUGACAUCGCUGUCAACGGCAAUGUCUCCGACAAAGAAAUAGAACGACGAAAAGAUGGUGCUAGUACUAGAGGCAGUCCUACAGUGGGCAAAGCAAGGGGCAUGAGGAGUAGUAGUAUAGGCAGCAAUAUCAGUUUUGCGGACAAUGCGAAGGGGUCGGGUAUUAGGGGGAUUAGUUUGGGGGUUGGGAAGGCGAUUAGUGCUGUUAGUAAGGGGGAGAGUUUGGGGAGUGUGGGAGGUGGCUUGACGAUGAGUUCUGAUGAGGGGGGUCCGGCGGGGAAGAAGAAGAGGGGGAGGUGA